AUGAUACUAUCUAUUGUUGAAAGUAAACGUAAUAAACCAACUUUAUUACUUGAUACUUUUCUCUACACACGAGAUAAAAUUUUAAACACAACUGUUUAUUGGAAAUAUGAAAAUCGUUCAUAUCCUGAACGUGCUAAACAAUAUGGUUCAAAUCCACCAUGCAUGAAGAAAUCACAUAAUCAUAAUGGUGAUGACAUGAAAUGUAAAAUGGAACAAUUUAGAAUGAAAUAA